GGGCCAUCUUUGUCGGGUGUCUCGUCAUCUGCGCGGAGGGAGCGAUGGAUCGCGUUGCGCCUUCCGACGCCCCGGCGGCUCCCGUGCUGAGGGACGGGCUGCUCCAGUCCCCCAAGCCGCCGAUGAAGAAGCAGGCGGUGAAGCGGCACUACCACAAGCACAACCUCCGGCAUCGCUACGAGUUUCUGGAGACGCUGGGCAAAGGCACUUACGGCAAGGUGAAGAAGGCACGGGAGCGAUCCGGAAAGCUGGUUGCUAUCAAGUCUAUUCGGAAAGACAAAAUAAAGGAUGAGCAGGACCUUGUCCAUAUCCGGAGAGAGAUUGAAAUCAUGUCAUCCCUCAAUCACCCCCACAUCAUUGCUGUCCAUGAAGUGUUUGAAAACAGCAGCAAGAUUGUCAUUGUGAUGGAGUACGCCAGUAAGGGAGACCUCUACGACUACAUCAGUGAGCGCCAGAGACUGACUGAACAGGAAGCUCGACACUUCUUCAGGCAGGUGGUGUCUGCGGUCUACUACUGUCACAAGAAUGGAAUUGUUCAUCGAGAUCUGAAGCUAGAAAAUAUCCUUCUGGAUGCAAACUGCAACAUUAAGAUAGCAGACUUUGGCCUCUCUAAUGUCUUCCAACAAGAUCGGUUCCUGCAGACCUUCUGUGGUAGCCCCCUCUACGCAUCCCCUGAGAUAGUCAAUGGGAGGCCUUAUAAAGGACCUGAGGUUGACAGCUGGUCCCUUGGCGUGCUCCUCUACAUUUUGAUUCAUGGCACCAUGCCUUUUGAUGGCCAUGAUUAUAAGACGCUGGUCAAGCAGAUCUCAAGUGGGGAUUACAGGGAGCCCACCAAACUAUCGGAUGCCUGUGGCCUGAUCCGGUGGAUGCUGAUGGUGAACCCAGAGCGUCGAGCCACUGUUGAAGACAUUGCCAGCCACUGGUGGGUGAACUGGGGCUACAAGGUGCCUGUCGGGGAGCAGGAGUUGUUGCGGGAGAAUGAGUCUGCGCUGGCCACGUUAGCAGAGUGGCUGCGCCGCUCCUCCAGGCCUCUGUUUGAAAAUGGCUCCAAGGUGCGCUGCUUCUUCAAGCAACACCUCCCUGGCGUCACGCUGGAGAGGCAGCGCUCCCUCAAGAAGUCAAAGAAGGAGAAUGACGUAACUCACGCCCUGCAAGAGACGGGCCAUGCACCAGAGAACCCAUCCAAAUCUAUCCUGAAGAGACCCAAAGGCAUCUUGAAGAAGAGGAAUUCCUGUGAGAAGGCCCAGGCUCCCCCUCCGGUAUUGAAGGAGGACGCGACUGCCCCGAAGGUUGAGCUGGCUCACGUGUUGUCAUCCAGGGAUUUGGCCCGUAAGGCAGAAAGUGUUGCAGCCACCCCUCCCGUGCCCAAAAAGGGAAUCUUGAAGAAGCCCCAGAAGAGAGAGUCUGGCUAUUACUCUUCCUCGGAACGUAGUGAAUCUGCAGAGAUCUUGGACUCUGAAAACAUUGACCUGGAUGUCAGUGUCUUUGCUGGCACUCCCUUGUCCACUCAGCCCCCUGGCGAUUCCUAUGCCAGACGGAAAGGCAUCCUCAAACACAAUGGCAAGUACUCCUCCAGCAGCACUGAAUCUGACGGCGUGCCGGCCAAGGUCCUCUCCACGUUUGCUGAGGUCCACUUGCCCAAGCUGUCCCUCACCUCCCGUACCCGUCCGUCCAGUGCAGCGAGUGAAGAAAGUAUCCUUUCCUCAGAGUCUUUUGACCAGCUUGACUUGCCUGAUCGAAUGCCGGGCACUGGAAGAGGAGUCCCCAUGCGGGGAGCUAUCUCUGCAGAUGAUCUCCUGCAGCUGGAGGAGGCAGAGGAGAGGCAGACGGGGGGUCGCCGACUCCGCCGCUGGACAGUCACUCAGUGCCAAAAGCCCCUUGCAGAGAGCUGCUUCUCUCUGGAGGACUGUGACGACGUCACCGAGGUCUACAAGCGGCCUGUGGCCAUGAGCAGGAAGCUGAGCUGAGCAGCCCGUAGCUAACAAGGCCGCCGAGAGACUUUCACUCAGCCGUGCACACCUCUGCAGAGAAAGAUGUUUCCACAGCUCUGGCUCUGCUCAGAAGGAACGGACAUGUCCAAAUCAUUUGCACUUCCCUCUGUGGGUGGACAAGAGGACUUUGCAGCAGCCUGUGUCGUCUCCCCGACAAGGCUGGGUGUGCAACUGGCUCAAAAGUAUUUAUUUUGUUGCAAACUCAGUGGACUCUUCUGGAAAGCCAAGAGGAGGCGGCUUGUGUUUUAAACAAUGUCUUGUAAAAUGGUACAACAGGGUACAGGCGUGUGUUUGGAGAGGAAGAAGGUUGUUAAAAGCUGGUGGAUGUAGGAAACGAGUAAGGGGCGGGAGGACUUGGGGAGAAAUGGGUAGGCAUCUGUCAGCUGCAGAGCAACGGGUUAAGGCCGAUGCAAAAAAUGGAAAAGAAAGAUCCUCUCUUCCCCCAGCAUCACCAGGGAAAUUGCAGAGAGUUGAAGACUUGAUUGGCAAAAGCCCGGUAACUCUCUCCUGAACACCUUCAUCUCUCCAAACAGACCCUGCCAAUCAUCUCUAAUCUUAGUGACUAGGGUGGUUAUUUUCUUUGCACUGUGCUGCUUCGAUUGCACAAAAGAUGGUAAAAAGAGGUAGAAGUACUUCUGAAGUGGAACAAUGAUGGGGCAAGAUGAUGGGAAAGCAUCAGCUCUUGGCUGACAAACAAAGUUUCUAGCUGGUUGGAGAGUAUCUGCACUACAAAUUUAGAUAAGGGUGUCUAGCUAUGCUGGUAUUCUCUGCCCUAAAUUUGGGGCAGGGCAGGAAGGCAUUCUAAGAGAAUUCUUAGCAUCCUACAUAAUUUCAAAGUCCUACACUUCUCUAAAUGAGCCACGGCAGUUAACCUAAAACUUAGAAACGUUUGUAGAAGUCAGAUGUCACCUGUUGAGAACUGGAUGCAAUAAUGGCACGCAGGAGUUCAAGAUCUUCCCCCCACCA